AUGAACGGCGACACAUAUUCUUCCAAAGACUCUGGUCGAUCAAGGGAUUAUUUUAGAGACGAGCGGAGGGAUCGCGGGGAUCGUGACAGAGGCGAACGGCGACGCUCGCGAUCUCCACAUUAUGGUUCUGGUCGAGGUUCGCGACGGGAACCAGAAGCGGAUUCGUACUCAUCAAGUCGCGACUACAGGGCUAGAGAACGCGAAGAUCGGUAUUCGUCGAGUCGGAGAGAUGAUCGAGAGUGGGAUAGAGACCGGGGUGAUCGUCGACGCCAUGAUUAUGAAGAACGGCCGUCACGACGGGAACGGGGCGAUCGAGGGGAUCUUUUUGAGGAGCGGCCACGCCGUAGAGAACGUGAGGGAAGAGACAGGGAACGAGAACGACGGCGUAGCACGUCUCCACCAAGAAAGAAGGAGCCUACUCCUGAUUUGACGGAUGUUGUGUCUAUAUUGGAGCGGAAACGUCGUCUCACACAGUGGGACAUCAAACCUCCGGGAUACGAUAAUGUCACUUCUGAGCAAGCAAAGCUGUCAGGCAUGUUCCCACUUCCAGGUGCCCCUCGCCAGCAGGCAGUCGACCCAACCCGUCUUCAAGCUUUCAUGAAUCAACCUUCAGCAACAUCUACCGACAAUGCUGCGCUCAGGCCUGCCAAUUCAAGACAAGCCAAACGUUUAUUCGCUCAUAAUAUUCCUCCAAACAUAACCGAUGCCGCUCUCGCCUCAUUCUUCAAUUUGCAACUCAACGGACUCAAUGUUAUUCAAGGAAUCGACCCCUGCUUGUCAGCUCAGAUCUCGAAGGAUCGUUCUUUCGCGCUCUUGGAGUUCAGGGGCCCUGAUGAGGCUACCGUGGCACUUGCUUUUGAUGGCAUCACGAUGGAAGAACACGAAGCAGCAGGCACUUCCAACGGUGGGCCCAAGGGUCUCGAGCUUCGACGUCCUAAAGACUACAUUGUCCCAUCUCACCCCGAAGAUCAGCAUUACCAAGAAGGCGUAAUUUCAAACCAAGUUCCUGAUUCCCCACACAAAUUAUGCGUGACGAAUAUUCCGUUGUAUAUUCCCGAAGAGCCUGUAACCAUGCUCCUGAAGUCGAUUGGAGAGCUCAAGGCUUUUGUGUUGUUGAAGGAUAGUGGAACAGAAGAAUCUAGGGGUAUUGCAUUCUGCGAAUAUGCCGAUGCUGCAGCAACUGCUAUUGCUGUGGAAAGUCUGAAUGGCAUGGAGUUGGGUGACAAACACCUGAAAGUCACACAUGCUAGUAUUGGAGCCACCCAAGCAGCUGGCCUUGACAUGGGCGUCAAUGCGAUGUCCAUGUUUGCGAAGACCACAUCUGCAGAUCUCGAAACCAGUCGCGUUCUUCAAUUGCUCAACAUGGUGACUGCCGACGAACUGAUAAACAACGACGAUUACGAAGAGAUUCUUGAAGAUGUGCAAGAUGAGUGUAGUAAAUACGGUCAAAUCCUCGACCUCAAGAUUCCGCGACCAACUAGCGGCAGUCGACAGUCGGCAGGUGUGGGCAAGAUAUUUGUCAAGUUCGACAGCGUUGAAUCGGCGAACCGCGCCUUGAAAGCGCUUGCGGGACGAAAAUUCUCUGAUCGUACAGUUGUUACGACCUAUUUUCCAGAGGAGAGUUUCGAAGUAGAUGCUUGGUAA